CUCCCCAUGGCAACCAUCGACGCUCAGGUCCUCAUGAGAAUGAUUAAACGAUUUCGAGUUCUAAUCAUGGGAAGAGCAAACGCAGGCAAAACGUCUAUCCUUCACAAGGUCUGCAAUACCACGGAUAAACCAGAAAUUUACGAUACCAAAGGACACAAGAUCAAUGCGGCCGUCGUGGAAUCAUCGAUCAAGCGUGGAAAUCACGACAUCAGAAACGAGCUGGUAUUCAAAAGCAAUCCCGCUUUCGUUUUCCACGACUCAUGCGGGUUCGAAGCGGGUUCUGAAGAAGAAUUCGAGGACAUGAAGAAUUUCAUCUCAGAACGGGCAAAGGCGACAAAAUUGGAGGACCGACUUCAUGCUAUUUGGUUCUGCAUUCCAAUGGACGACCAUUGUCGAACGUUCCAACGGGCGGAGGAAAAAUUCUUCUCGGAGUGCGACACCGGGCACAGCGAGUUUUCAGUAUAUUUUCCUAUGCUUUGCUGGGACUAA